AUGUCCUUCUCUUCUUUAGUGAACGAUCUCUCAUUCAGAGACAAACCCAGCGCCGCGAGUGAACAACGUCGCCAAAUGGCUCGCGGUUCUUCAGUCUCAACCUUUGAUGACGGCCGGUCGCAUGUGUCGCGGGCACGAUCAUACGCCAGCACGUCUGCCACCAGUGUGAGCAUCUCGGGUGACAUUUCCAGCCAGCUCCAUGGAGGAUAUUCGCAUCCACUGGCCAGAUCAUGGCAGGCGGAGCGGCAAUUGACCAAGUCUAUGCUUAUCUACCCACUCUUUAUUACUGACAACGACGACGAAGACACUCCAAUUCCUUCCCUUCCUGGUCAGAACCGCCGUGGCAUUAAUAAAAUUGUUCCUCACCUCGAACCCCUCGUCCGAAAAGGUCUGCGAUCCGUUAUACUCUUUGGCGUACCACUCGAACCAAAUGUCAAAGAUGCUCUUGGUACUGCUGCCGAUGAUCCAAAAGGCCCCGUCAUGGCCAGUAUCCGCAUCAUCAAGCAACGCUUUCCUCAAUUGUUCAUCGUUGCGGAUGUCUGCCUUUGCGAAUAUACGUCACACGGACACUGCGGUAUCCUGCGUGAUGAUGGAAGUUUGAACAAUGAGCUUUCGGUAGACCGAAUUUCUGAUGUCGCAAUUGCUUACGCUCAGGCUGGCGCACACUCUGUCGCUCCUUCGGACAUGAAUGAUGGACGGAUCCGGGCAAUCAAGCUCAAGCUGAUUGAGGCCGGAAUUGCACACAGAGUUCUGCUCAUGUCAUAUGCCGCCAAGUUCUCUGGCUGCUUGUAUGGGCCUUUCCGAGACGCAGCAGGGUCUGUACCCUCUUUUGGAGACCGAAAGUGCUAUCAAUUACCUCCAGGAGGUCGAGGACUUGCUCGCAGAGCCAUUGAGCGAGAUAUUAGUGAGGGUGCUGAUAUUAUCAUGGUCAAGCCUGCGAGUCAAUAUCUUGAUAUCAUAAGUGAUGCGAAGGAAAUUGGUAAGAAUAUGCCAAUCGCCGCGUAUCAAGUCAGCGGAGAGUAUGCUAUGAUUCACGCUGGAGCGAAGGCAGGUGUGUUUGAUCUGAAGACCAUGGCCUUUGAGUCAACUGAAGGGAUUUUGAGAGCCGGUGCAACUAUUGUCAUUAGUUACUUUACACCGGACUUUUUGGAUUGGUUGGAGUCAUAAGUGUUUGGAAAGUAAAAGGAGUUAGAUGAUAAAGUUCUACAUGAUUAUGAAAGUUUGGCGUUUGGUGUAUCGUAAAGGAUUGGCAAAUCCUAUAGGAGAAAAUACCACUGUUUGGAA